AAAGCAACGCGCUUCCAUUACGCUGAAGCUGUGAUUUGACCGAAGUACCCUUUCACACCGUUUUAUAUAUCUCCGUCGAGCCCUGCCCAUUUUCAACUUCGCAGAGCCGAUCCGAAGAAAAUCACUGACGGCCAGUUACUACAGUUAUUAGUAACAGAUAAAGUCAAUGGGCACUGUCCUAGAUGCUCCAAAAGCGGCAAAUACAAAUACGGGUGCGGUUGGAAGAUUGAAAGAGAAGGGAGUCAAAGUUGUAUUUGUGUUAGGUGGGCCCGGCAGUGGAAAGGGGACGCAAUGUGCAAACAUUGUUCGUGUUUUUGGCUUCACUCAUCUCAGUGCAGGGGAUCUUCUACGUGCUGAAAUUAAAUCUGGCUCAGAAAAUGGCACUAUGAUUCAGAACAUGAUUAAGGAGGGAAAGAUUGUUCCUUCUGAAGUAACAAUCAAGUUGUUAGAGAAGGCUAUGCUUGAAAAUGGAAAUGACAAAUUUCUCAUAGAUGGUUUUCCUCGAAAUGAGGAGAAUCGAGCUGCCUUCGAGGAAGUUACGAAGAUUGGACCAGAAUUUGUGCUGUUUUUUGAUUGUCCAGUGGAAGAGAUGGAGAGGCGGUUAUUAGGCCGAAAUCAGGGUAGAGAUGAUGAUAACAUUGAGACUAUAAGGAAACGCUUCAAGGUUUUCGUUGAGUCGAGCUUACCUGUAAUUGAGUAUUACAAAUUAAAAGACAAAGUUCGGACGGUUGAUGCUGCAAAACCAGUAGAUGAAGUGUUUGAGUCUGUAAGAGUUAUUUUCUCCUCUUUUAGCAAAAAGGCGGCAUAAUAACUUCUGUUGGCUUUUGUUUAACUUUAGCAUGGAGCUGAAAUGUUGAGCGUGCUCUAAAGAAUUUAUACCAAGAUGCAGCACACUCUUAUUCUAAUAUUUCUUCGUUAUUUUCGCAGCUGAUAUAUUUCUUUUUGUUUUAUUAAUAAUUCACUGAAAACAGCAGAAUAAUGCCAUCUCUGUAGAGCUGAAAAUUUGUGCAAUUUGUUAUUAGUCAUCUAAUUGUGCCAGGUGUGUUGGGGGAUUCCACAAAAUUAAAAUAAACUCUAGCUGUUGUGGCAGUGCCAUAAAA